UUUUUUUUAUUUUCCUCUGAGGGCGCGUGACGUAUGAAGUAAGGAACACCCAACGCGGGAUUCGUUAUGGCGGAAGACUUGAGAUUAAGCUCAGCUGGCGGAGGGAACGGGACGCUCCGUGACCCGCGUCCGCUGAAGAGGAAGCACGAUGGAGACGAGGACGAGUCUCUGUCUCCUAAUAAAAAGCUGGAUACGGGGGAAGGUCACAGUCAGAAGGUGGCCACACACUACAACACUCUGGAGGAGCGUGGCCUGAUGGAGCGCAACAAGAGCCGAAUCGUCCACAUGCGCAACUUCAACAACUGGCUGAAGAGCGUUUUGAUCGGUGAGAUCCUGGACAUGGUGCGGCGUGACAGGAGGGACAUGUGUGUACUGGAUCUGGGCUGUGGGAAAGGAGGAGAUCUGCUGAAGUGGAGGAAAGGACGCAUCAGCAGGCUGGUGUGUGCAGACAUUGCGGGCGUGUCAGUAGAACAGUGUCAGCAGCGUUACAGUGACAUGAAGAAGAGGAGUCACCCCAACGAGCAGAUCUUCACUGCUGAGUUCAUCACUGCUGACUGUUCCAAGGAGCUGCUGAGUGAGAAGCUGAGUGACCCCAAGAUGCAGUUCGAUGUGUGUAGUUGUCAGUUUGUGUAUCAUUACUCGUUCGAGAGCCAGCAGCAGGCUGACACCAUGCUGAGGAACGCCUGUGAGAGGCUCCGCCCCGGAGGUUUCUUCUUCGGGACCACACCCGACGCCUACGAGCUAGUGAAGCGUCUGGAGCAGUCGGAUUCCAACAGCUUCGGGAACGAGGUGUACCGCGUGACGUUCCAGAAGAAAGGCGAAUACCCGCUGUUCGGCUGUCAGUACGACUUCAACCUGGAGGGGGUCGUGGACGUGCCCGAGUUCCUGGUGUAUUUCCCGCUGUUCGUGGAAAUGGCGAAGAAGUACAACAUGCGUCUGGUGUAUAAAAAAACCUUCCAUCAGUUCUUCCAGGAGAAGAUAAAGGACGAGAGGAACAAGUCGCUCAUGCAGAGGAUGCAGGCACUCGAGCAGUACCCAGCGGAUGACAGAGGCAGGUUGGUGUGUGACGGCGUGGGGGAGUAUGAACAUGCCGAGAGCAGAGCACAGAGAACUGGGGCCUCACUGCCACUGGGGACGCUGUCCAAAUCUGAGUGGGAGGCUACAAGUAUCUACCUGGUGUUUGUGUUUGAGAAGACGGCCUGAACUCCGGUGACCUCUACUACAACAUUUCAGUUUUUUUCUUUUCUUUUGUUAUUAAUUUUCUGAACAAGCUGGGCAAAGCUGCUAAGUUUCAGUUUCACACAUGGCUACUAAAGGUGUGUUUGUGUGCGUGUGUGAAGAGUGUAUGUAUUGUUUUUCAGUCAGUAACUCGGUGUUUACCUCGUGAUAAACUGUCAGAGGGAAGUGUAAAAUAAAAAGUGUAAAGCACGUGAGUUUUUACAUCA